AUGGACUAUCAUUACGAACAAACCAGUGAAGUUGAAGCUCUAGAUUCCAUUUAUUAUGGAGAUAUGCAAAUUUUACAGACAGAGCCUAUGCACAAGUUUAGUAUACCAAUUAAAUCAGAGGAAUAUGAUGAGGGAGAGGGUUUAGCUUGUGAAUUAGUUUUCACCUACACACCAAAAUACCCCGAAGAGUUGCCUUCACUAGAAAUAAAUACAGAUGAAAGUUUCGAUGAAAUAGUCGACAAAAAUGAACUUUACAAACACCUUAUGGAACAAGGUAAUGAGAAUCUUGGAAUGGUAAUGAUUUUCACACUAGUGUCAGCUGGCCAAGAAUGGCUCAAUGAGAAAUGGGAUAGUAUUAAAAAAGACAGGGAGGAAGCCGUUCUUCUGAAGAAAAAGGCUGAAGAGGAGGCAGAAAUGAAAAGAUUUGAAGGUACCAGAGUUACGGUUGAAUCAUUCCUUGCAUGGAGAAAACAGUUUGAAAUAGAAAUGGGUAUUCCGGCUAAGAGAGAGAAAGAAAACAAAGACAAAAAUAAGUUAACAGGAAAAGAAUUAUUUAUGAGAGACACCACACUCAAUGAAUCUGAUCUGAAAUUCCUUGAUGAUGGUGAUGCUGUUAAAGUGGAUGAGUCUCUGUUCCAAGAUCUAGAUGAUCUCGAUAUAUCAGAUGAAGAUGAUGAAGAUUAUGUUCCAGGACAGAGUGAAACUGACAGCGAUUAA